AUAUAUGAAAAUUUUACAUUCGUGAAAAAUAAAUUCUUGUAUUGGACUGCCAGUAUCAACGAACACUUACUUCCAGGAAUCAUUGUAGAUAUUAUUUUAAAAAUUAAAGGCGAGGAACCCAGUGUACUUGCUACGUAUUACGCUAUUCACAAAUUUUUGUUCGCUAUUGGAAAUGCGCAGAUGAUGACGCCUCAAUGUGAGACAAUUAACAUGGAUUUCUUGAAUGAUUUGCUCCACGAUAAUGAAAAGAAGAUUUUAGAUAAUGGUAUCCAAUCAAUAAAAUUAGAUGAAUAUAUGGAGCCUACUAUGCAAGAACUUCUAUCUCCCAGUUGGAAAAGGCAACACGAAAUCAUAAUACAGUAACACAAGCAGCAAGAAGAAAUGGGCACCGUCAGUAUUCAAGAUCUUCUGCAUUUAAUGAUAUCUUACUUCCAAAAUGGAACCUUCUUUGGAUGUUAUCCACGAUGCAAUUCCAUGGCAAGCAACUGCUCCUGGAAUAAUGCUGAAUAUUAAAGAUGAGCUACUUGCUGCUAUUCAGUCACCUGUAAUCAAUUAUCAGCGAUCACCAAAGGAAUUAACAAAAGAGGCUGCUUGCAUGAUUUGCGUGAUAAUUUUCUUCGUGCUGCUUGCUGUCUUAGGAAGUUCAAUCACUGUUUAUGAGUGUUUUUGUAAAAACAAUAAGAAAAUGUCAAGAUAUGAAGAUGGCGAUAAGAACAUAAAAGAAGUCAAGAAAAAAGGGGAUGGAAAUAAAUACCUCAAACGCAAUGAUUGGUUAGAAGACUGCGCAUAUUUCCUGAAGAUGUUUUGCAUAGUAAAGAAUGGAAGUAAAAUUCUAAGGACUACUUCCUCAGAAAACCAGAUUGGUUGUAUACAUGGUCUGAGAUUUAUCGCUAAUGCUUGGCUCAUUCUUUUACAUACUUCUAUGGCUUACAUCAGCACCAUAAAGGAUAUGAAAGAAGUGAAGCAGCCUUUUGAACUGAGAGUGUCACAGUUAAUGCUGGGUGGAAUUUUUUCUGUUGAUAUAUUUUUCGUAAUCAGUGGAUUCCUGAAUGGCUAUCUUUUUUUUCACAAGUAUAGUAAGCGCAAUGGAAACAUCUCCUGGGGUUUUUUCUAUUUCAAACGAUUUGCAAGAUUAACCCCUGUGUACAUGAUUGUAUUGGGGUGCUAUACCACGUUGCUUACAUACACGGGUAACGGAAUAAUAUGGCCUACUUAUGAUACAAAUCCAGUGUGCAAGAAAGAUUGGUGGUGGCAACUUCUUUAUAUCAACAAUUUCGAAGAAGCAGAAAACCAGUGCACCGUCUGGGGUUGGUAUUUAGCUGCUGACAUGCAAUUCUAUAUCAUCAGUCCUUUAUUCAUGACACUCCUAAUGAGGAGGCCACGCCUAGGAUAUGCCUUAGUAUUGACUUGUAUUAGUGGAUCAUGUGCUGCUUCGUUCGUACUAACAUAUCAGUACAAUUUAACUGAAGGGCUAUCAAGAGUAGAGCUCCUAGCUGGAAAUAUCCGAUCUUUAUCGACUAAGUUUUGGAAAUAUUAUAAUAUAAUUCAUUCGAAACCUUACACGAGGAUAGGUCCAUAUUUGAAUGGACUCACACUUGGUCAUUAUUUGUAUAAAAAAAGCAUGAGCACGAAUGUCAUUAGAAAUAGUAAGACGGUUUUAUGCUGUGGAUGGGCUACUACAGCUAGUUUUAUGUGGAUCUGUUUUUUCUCACUUUAUAAAAAGGAAGAGGUACUUUGGGAAACAGCUGUUUAUAAUGGUACAAAAUUUUUGUUAUUCUCUUGCGGCGUGGUUUGGAUUAUUUAUGUCUGCUUCACUGGUCAAGCAGAGCUUCUGAAUAAUUUUCUGUCUUGGAAAGCCUUUCUUCCUCUCAGCCGAUUAUCUUACUGCUCAAAUCUGACUCAUAUGAUCAUUCUGAUGAAAAUACUUCUUCAAGCUGAGAGUAUCAUGGAUUUCAGUCUCAUAACACUGAUGUCGCUGUAUUUAUAUACCUCUGCCUUCACAUAUUUGGUUUCCUUCACAGCAUCAUUGUUCUUUGAAAUGCCAGUGCUAAACUUCUUGAAUCAGCUUGGUCAGAAAAAUGGGGGGAAAAACUCAAGUGUGACAUUUUCUGUUUACAAAAAAAAUAAUCAAAAUCAUUCUGAUGUCUUUAAAAUUUCUUGAAAUAAUUUGUUUUCAUGAGAAGGUACUCAGAUUCGUAAACUCCAUUAGAGAAUGUAGAAUUUUUUUUAAUUCAAAAUUGGAUACUAACAUUCAUUAAAAUA